UAAGAUAGAAAAAAAACUGAAAGCUCGACCGGACGGCGGCUGGGCGGCUCGGCACGAAGAAACCCUAGGGCAGAGCACGACCAGCUGGCGAACGGCGAGGUCGGCGGCGCCAGCAAGGGCGCGCGGGCGCCGCACUUCUCCGGCCGUCAGGGCUCCAGCCUUCUGUCAAGGUCGGCUGGCCCCACCGUCACAACCCGACUCCUCGUGGGUUCAGCACUCCGGCUCCACCCCGCCUCACCCAGUCGCGGGCGUGCCGGCAGCACCUCCGAUCCGUGCGAGCACAGGCCCUCGCCGUCGCAGAGGCACCGCUACCGCGGCUAAGCCCUAGGCUGUUUUGAGCUAAAUCUAAGGACAACUGGUGCAAUUCAGGCCAUGGAGGAAGUUCAAGACAUGCAAGAGUCAGAGACUGCAUCUGUUGUCAAAGUACCUAGAGAGCCUGCCAUCAUUAUCAAUGGUGUCCCAGAAUUGCCUCCUGAUUGCCCGUCUGGUUCACAACCUGCAGUAAGAGAUGCCCCAGGAUCUCAAGUCGAUCCUCGCUUUGGUGAAUGGCUAGAAGGGCGGAAAGUGAGAAAGCUCUUUGGAGAUAAGUAUUAUGUGGGGAAAGUUGUCAAGUAUGAAAGUCAAAGCAAUUGGUACAAUGUUGUCUAUGAAGAUGGAGACCAGGAAGAUCUUGAGUGGGCCGAACUGGAGGAGAUCCUACUACCAUUGGACAUAACCAUUCCACUCAAAACACUUGUUAUGGACAAAUGCAAACGUCAGAGUGCAGUUCCUGACUACAAACCUAAGGUGGGCAGGCCCAAAAAAGUUUAUGCUAUGUUAGAAGGCGCAAGGAAUGAAACAUCAGGUACGGUUCCAUUACCCCAAGGAACUAGUGUUGCGAGCAAUCAGACCAUGGUUGUAGCAGUGAAUGACCAAAAGUCAAACAACGUACUAGGGUUGCUUCAGGUGUCUGCAUCAAAUGAUGUCACGAGUGCAUCAGCAUCAACAGGAGAAAAUGCUCAAGUAUGUCUGAAGUCUAGUGAUCAACCUAGAAAGAGGGGCAGGCCUCGAAAGGAUAGAACUAUCUCAAGUGAUAUUCAACCUAAAAAAAGAGGUAGGCCUCCAAAAAAGAGCAGUAUGCCUGGAGAUCCUCGGAAUAGUGUUCAUAAGCGAAAUGCACAGACAAUUAGACAAGAAAAACUGAAGAGAGAAAACAUGCGCGUGCAAGGAGCAACACCUGGAGCUCAAUUAUUCUAA